UCAAAGCAUGCGCUUACCUCUACCUGUCUAGGUGGCUGGCUCCGUUUUCUUCUCUGACUCUGCUUUCCAGAAAGACAAAGCUACUAGCGUUAGAGGCAGUAGUAUCGUCAAUUUUUUAUUUGUUGUCAAGAUUUUGUCUUCGUCAUGAAUAUCAAGAACGUCGACGCUCUCAAAGUUUGGCUUAGCUCUCGUUUGGAACCAAUAUGUGAUGCCGAUCCUGCGGCUCUCGCUAAGUAUGUACUGGCUUUGCUGAAAAAGAACAAACCAGAAGAGGCGUUAAGGGACCUUUGUGUUGACCAGCUAGAAGUGUUUCUUUCUAGUGAAACAACGCAGUUUGUUGAUCGACUGUUUAGUGUGCUGAGGUCAGAGUCAUAUUUGCCAUUAGCGCCAAGUCCAUCUGACAUGUCAGGUUUACUGCCUCGUGAAUCACAUUUGGUACCAUUGUUGGACAGCGACGAAAAGAGGCUUGUGUCUCCAACCCAGAAUAGAAAAGUUUCAGAAGACUUCUCAAGGCAGGAAUCGAUUGUUGACGAAGAUGACAGGGACUUCAAGAGAACUAAGCGCACAUCUUCUGCUCUCUCUGCUGUUUCUGGCUACCAACAUCAAGAACAACAUUCUCCUGUAUCUGUUGUAACUGCUGUCAACCAUGCAUUACCCCAUGGUCAACCAUCGUCUUCAAUAUCAACUAUAUCAACAAUUAGUACAUCUCGGGCUAGGGAGCGUGAAAGAGAGCAUUUGCCAUAUCGCAGACGAACAGAAGAGGAAUCUCGCAGGAGCUCAAGAAGGCAUCAUGAUGAUGAUAUUCGAAUUCAUCGUCAUAAUGAUGUAACAGAGUUUGGUCAACGUCGACGUGGUAAUAUCUACGAGAGGCUUGGUCAUCGGCCAGAGAGUCGCCGAGAAGAGUCACAUCUUGUGCCAGUGCAUAUGUUUCGAGGUAGUCAUAGCAGUGUAGGUGACAGCGAUAGCAGUAGGGAUGACAGAGUUUGUCGUGAUGCUGGAGAAGAGAUACAGAAGCGGAAGAAAGUGUGUCCAGACUACGAAGAUAAAGGCUUUUGUUUUCGUGGUGAUCACUGUCCUUACAAUCAUGGAUCUGAUGCAGUUAUAGUAGACGACAGGGGAAGUAUGUCUCAUCCACCUACAACAUUUUGUCCUCCUAAUAUUCGUCACAGAGGAAUACGACCUGGGCAACAGAUACCUUCACAACCACCACAUCCGAUGAUUGGUUUACCAGAUCCUUUUGGAGGGAAUGGAUAUAAUCCAGAAGCUCCAUCCUAUGAUGGACAACAGUUGCCUCCUCCCCACCCACCUCAUCCACCUUUACCAUGGGCACCACCUCCUUUACACUUACCCCCUCCAGGUGGAUCAUUUGGACCACAGUUUGGUUUUCCUGCACAUCCUGUUGGGACCAUUCCAAGGUUUGAUCGUGAUUGGCAACGCACUACAGAAAAAGACUCAUUAGCACGUGAUGGUGGAACUCCAGUUGUCGCAGUCGUAAGCAGUAAGCCUGUCUCAGACUCUCAGAAUGGCAAUAGUAGGACUAAGUUUACGGAUACCAUUUUGCUGAGACGAGUACCACGGCAUCUAAACAACAUUUCAAAAAUAAACGCUCAUUUUCGAAAAUUUGGCAGUAUUGUCAACAUACAGGUGGGUGUUCUAGGAGAUCAAGAAGCUGCUUUAAUUCAAUUUUCAUCUCAUGCUGAAGCUAAACGGGCUCACGAUUGUCCAGAAGCUGUGUUCAAUAAUAGAUUCAUUCGGGUGUUCUGGCAUAAGGAUGACACAGAAGCAGACACAGUAAGUGGCUGUCAUAGAUUGCAUACACUGUAGUAAAAAAGAUA